AUGGCAGAUUGUCUCGGCAUCACAUCCAGCAUCGUCUCACUGGUAGGUUUUGCUCUUAAAUCUUGCAACGCCCUCUACACGACCAUCCGCGACUUCCAGAGCCAGGACAAGAAUGCUCGUGCGCUGAAAAACGAGCUAGCCGACCUCCGAGGGGUUUUGCAGUCGCUCGCUGAAACGGUUCAUAACAAUAACGAUAUCAACUUUAACGCCUUAAAACUUCCUUUACUUCGUUGCGGAAAGACCUGUGAGGAGUAUGGCGAUCUCAUAGCUCGGUGUACAAAGUAUUCUAGCUUAUCGCGACCAAGUUUGCGGGAUUGGGUUAACCAGCAGUACCUCAAAGGCGACAUAACUGACAUCCGGGAGAUGCUUGCUGGAUAUAAAUUCACUAUCAGUGUAGCAUUAGCCACCGCGAAUAUACGCGCAACAGCAUCGAUACCACCUAACGUUCUCGAGGAAUACAAAGACUUGAUACGCGAUACGACGAACGAUCUACAAGAGCAUAUACAUCAGUUGGAAGAAAGGGUACAUGGCAAACCACCUGCUGUAGAGGAUCAUGUGUGGCUAGCUAUACUGGAAGAAAAGCAGAGCACCCAGGAGGGCCUGAAGAUUUGUUCACAGCUUUCUGCCCAGAUCGAAAAGCUCGAAUCCGCCUCGAGAGAGAAUCCCCAGUGCUUGUCAGACUUUGCGGGGCUGACGAUGUUCUCGCCUGAGACGGCGCAACGAGCCCUUCUUGAUCAAGGGUUUGUCGAUUUGGAGGAUGCGACUGUAGGUGAUGUAGUUUUGGAGAUGGAGAGGAGGGACUUUCCAUACCUGACACCAUUUGGCCUAAAAUAUUGCAAACAACACAUCCUCGAUGACGAGCGUAUUCGGAUUGUUAUCGAAUCCACUCUCGGAGAUUGCAGUCUCGGACACUGGCUGCGAUAUGGUGCUAAGCCUGGCCAUAUUGAGUGCUUUAGGAGAGGUGGCAAACAGGCUGGUCUACGUGUUCUUGUCGUCCAACAAUUUUGUAAAGACUCCGAGGUUGAGAUCUGGCAAGGCUCACAUUUGCAUGACCUACCUACGACGGAUGGCAUCCGGUCCUUGCAUGAGACCACUCGGUCUGAGCUUGAAAAGGCGGGCUGCAUUGCCAAACUGAAGCAGUUCCAAUCGGGAGGCUUGGUCAUUCGAGAUGCUCGAACAUACGCUGAAACACUAAAGGGAUAUGCAAUAACAUUCCUUUUUGCGGUAGCGGAUUCCCUCUCCGGCUGGCCGAAGAUCCUUCUCGCGAAUUCUCCCAAGCUUAUCCGUAUGGCAGUCGAGAUGGAAACCUCGAAGAUCAGCUUAAACUUUGCCAUCAAAGAUACAACAAACACGUGA